AAGGAAACGCUGCUAAACUGAGGUACUUUCCCAUGUAUCUGUACUCCAAUUGCUUCAUCGACUGCUCCAUCCAGGCCUCCCUCGAGAUCUGCGGCUGCGUGCCAUUCUACUACGAGCCCGUGGCGGUCAAAUAUUCGUUGAAGAUCUGCGACUGGGAGAAUUUCAUUUGUCUCUACGAGAACGCGGACAACAUACGGGUGAUUCAGGAAAUCACCAUACGAAACUUCACGUGUAAAUGUUACUCGCCGUGCAAGGAUAUGUAUUACGAUACGCAGGCAUCGAUAGGCAUAUUGAACAGACACGAGUCCAAUGUCUGGUACAUGAACAAAAAUCUGACGGAAGCGCAAGCGAUCGUAAAAGUGUUCAUGAGUUACGAAACCUUCACCGUGACCGACACAAUCCCGGUCGCCGACGAAUUAUACCUGCUAGGUGAGCGAUCUCUCAUUCGCCCAACGCUCGUCGCUUUGCGACUUCGAGCAAGGAGUAAAAGAGGUAUCCCUCCUCGUUUUCUUUCCAGCGUCCGUGGGCGGCAUAUUCAGCCUCUUCCUCGGCUGCAGUUUCAUAAGUGUCGUGGAGAUCUUCUAUUUCAUUGGAUUGUACAUCCAGUCGUACUCCAAUUCGAAGAAAUCGAAGUAACCGCCGGGGAUCCGGGAAUCGAAGGCGCGAUCGACGCUAAGUAA